AUGAUUCCAGCAGGCGAUGCUGCCCGUCGCUUCAUGUCACUUCGAGAUGAAGACAGCGUGAUCGAAGAGCGCCGUCUUAAAGGUGUCGAUAAAGGCGAGCGCGUUGCCUGGUUACUGUGGGACGCUGCUAUCGAGAUGCCGCGCUACCAGCCUGCUAUCUUAGAGUUGGUGGAGGCUAUACGAGCCCUUUCAGAGCUUGAUAGAACCGAGGAACAGUUUCGCUCAUCAAGAUUCCAAGAUACGCUAGAAAUGUGGAGAAAUCUGGAAGCAUUUGAAAAGAUUUGGCAAGAUAAUGAUACCCGUGAGUGA